AUGGGGGCCCCGCGCGGGGAGCGGCCCCGCUGGCUGGCGACCCUCCUGGCCGCCUGCCUGGCCACCCUCCCGGCCGGCAGCGCCUGUCCCCGGCCCUGCGCCUGCCACGGCUCCGCCGAGCUCCACUGCACCUUCCGCUACUUCAGCGCCGUCCCGCCGCGCAUCCCGCCGGACGUGCAGCGCAUCAACCUGGGCUACAACAGCCUGAGAAAACUCAGCCCCACUGACUUUGCUGGCCUGGAGAAACUGGAGCUGCUGAUGCUGCACAGCAAUGAGAUCAGCACGAUCCCUGAGAAGGUGUUCAGUGAUUUACGUUCACUACAGGUCUUAAAAAUGAGUUACAACAAGGUCAGAGUGCUUCAGCAGGAUGUAUUUUAUGGCCUGAACAGCUUGGUACGGCUGCAUAUGGACCACAAUCAAAUUGAAUUUGUGAAUCCCAAUGUUUUCUAUGGGCUCACUUCCUUGAGGUUGGUCCACCUGGAUGGAAAUUUACUUCAGCAGCUGCAUCCAGACACUUUUGUCACCUUGCGCUACAGUCAAAUAUUCAGAAUAUCCUUCCUGAAGCACAUCUCUCUAUCUGACAAUGUGCUGACUUCACUUCCACAAGAAAUGUUUUCCUACAUGUCAGAGCUUGAGAGCAUUUACCUCCAUGGAAACCCCUGGUCCUGCGACUGCAGCCUGCAGGGGUUUGCAGGGUGGGCACAGGAGAGACCAGAUGUUAUAAAGUGCAGAAAGGAGAGAAGUUCUGGUGUCCAGCAAUGCCCAGUCUGUGCUAGUCCCAAAACUCAUCAUGGGAAAAGUUUAGUGGAUCUCCCUCCUGCAUCUUUCACCUGCACUAAGCCAGUCAUCCAUGACUCCCUGAAAUCCAGAAACCUCACGGUGCCAGAUGAUGGGGAUUUCAGUUUCGUGUCUCCCAAGGACCUGACAGCCCCGCUAGGAUCUGUGGCUUUGAAUAUGACUGACCAAGCAGGAAAUCGAGGCAACAUGGUUUGCAAUGUCCAGAGACCUAAAGAAAUGUCUCCCAUCUCAUUUGACAAAAAUGGCCCCAGCAGAGUGCUGAAAACCUCGUUCUCAGCAUUCCUGGUGUGUGGCAUCGAUGCUGAACAAAUCCAGCAGCUGUGGAGUGUCCUGGCACUGUACAGCAGCUCUCCUUUGAAACUGGAGCGAACUGUGCGGAUGGCUGACGAGCCCUUCAGUAGCUACAAAUAUGAGCAGAUCCUCAGUGAGAAAGACGAACUUUUCACCAGUGUAGAGGCUGAGCUGCGAGCUGAGCCAGCCUGGCUGCUGCAGAGCCAGGUGUCCCUGCAGCUGGACAGGACAGCCAGCACGCUCAGCACGCUGCGCGUCCGCUACGCCGCCGAGGCCCGGCUCGCUGUGCCCAGCGGUGGGGAAGAGCAGGCGAGACACCCCUGGGCCAUCAUUGCCAGGGACAACAGCACCCAAACGGAGCACACGGUGCUGGUCGGGGGCAGCGUGGAGCUGGGGUGCCAGGCGGCAGGCGAGCCGGCUCCCGCCGUGGAGUGGAUAUUGGCGGACGGCAGCAAAGUGCGAGCGCCUCACAUCAGCGAGGACGGGCGGAUCGCAGUCCUCAAAAGCGGGGUGCUGACGCUGCGGACGGCCGACGUCUUUGACUCGGGGCUCUAUCACUGCAUCGGCACCAACCACGAGGACGCCGACGCGCUCCCGUUCCGAAUCACGGUGGUGGAUCCUCAGGUGGAGCACAGCGGGCUCAAUGGGGCCCGGCUGUCGGCCGCUCCUGGCAGCACACUCCAGCUCCCCUGCACAUCCACGGCUGCUCCGGACGCUGCCGUUACCUGGGUGCUCCCCGAGCACACAAUUCUCCGUCACUCUGCUGGGAACAAACAUAUUCUUGCCAACGGCACCUUGAGAAUACAAGGGGUGACAGAGCGAGAUGCGGGCUACUUCCGAUGUGUUGCAGCCAACCGGUACGGGGCUGACCUUUUGGUUUUCCAAGUGCUGAUGAGGCAGGAGGAAACUGCUCCGAAGAAAAAGCAUGGAGCUCCGGGAGAGUGGGAAGAAGGCUCUGGCGAUGAACUGCCGGGCUCUGCUGCGGCGCAGAGACACCCCUCAGGCACUGCGGCCACCCUGAGAGCUCACGGGGGAUCUGCUGCCUCAGCAGCCAGCGGCCGGGGCGCACAGAGCGCACGUCAGGGGAACAGCCACGGCAAAACGCCUCACCGGCCCCACGCAGACAGAGCAGGCAGGCGGUUCAGGGCACACAGGAGACAGUUUGUUUCCUCAGGCAGGAGAGCUGAUCCACAGCGCUGGGCGGCCUUGCUGGAGAAAACAAAGAGGAACUCAACAGUGACAGACAAACGAGGAGAAGCUGCAACAGAAGCUCCCAUUCAAGUCCAUAAGCUCUCAGAGGUACCCGAGGAGGAGGAGGAGACAUCUGGUGAUCUCGUAUCUCCAGAAGAAGAAUUCAUGAUACCAGCAGCCGGAAGAUCCCCAGCACCUGCUCGGGGGAGAGGGACAGAACUCACGAUCACUGCAGGGCCCGGGGAGACUGCGAAUCCCCCUCCUGCCUGGGACUCCUCUCUCCUGCCCACAGAGCCAUUAACUCCCCUACCCUCACCUCUUCCACACUCUGUGGCACCUGCCAGCAAAAGGCUGCAAAUGCUUCCAAAACCUACAGACCCAUGGGAAAGAUCUGCUUUGAGUCAAAUAUCAGCAAAUGGUGUAAAACAGCCAGCUGUACCAAGUGGAGCAGCCACACUCUUCCCUGCUGGGCAAAAGUCAGUAUAUUCUGGGGAAAGUAAUAACCAGCAUCUAAAAUCUGCAUCCACAACACCCACGACAGAAGCUACAGGCAAGGCUGUAACUCCCCAAAGCACAGCAGACAAGUUACAUAUUUUUACUGACUCUAUUGAUAAUGUCUCCACCAAAACAGAUCACCGGGUCCCUGUGGCAACAGUCAAUGCACCAAGCUCUGAAUUUGGCCCUAUUUAUUUUCAUAGUACUCAGAAAGGAGGAGCCCCUAAUCUGCCACUGGCCUCGACUCUUGCUACUCAUCAGCAAAUCCAGGUUAUCCAGGAGGUUCCAACUCAUCCACCCCAGCUGCAGCAGCACUAUGGGAGACAAAGGAAAAUUUCUGGUCGGAGACGAAUUGUUAGACCAGGACGUGUCCCAAGUAUGAGAAAGCACCAAUACAAUUUUGGGAGGCCGGGGUCUGCCAGAGGAAGUACAGCUGUGGCUACAGGUGUUCAAGUGAAUAUGAGCUAUGUACCAACCUUCAACAACUUGAGCAGUUCCAUCAAUCCAUUUAGCCCAGAAACACCCCAGUCUUCCCCCUCCACCAUGAAUAUGCCAUUGGAGCACCCCAUGGGUACCCAUCAAAACACAGCAUUCCUCAAGGAAGAGGAAAAGAAACAUAGUGCAAGGCAAAAAGCUGCUACCACAGCCACGUCUGUCACUGCAGAGGACGCUGCCACUACUGCAACCAGUGGAGUGGGUGUGAUGGGUUUGAAGCCAACAGUUACACUUGUUACUACUCCUCGAACCAACACCAGCAUCACCAAAAGUUCUGCAAGCAGAAACCAUUUUUCAAAGCCCACUAUAGUGGGAGGGAAUGUAGCUACUUUGACUCUGCUGGAGAAUUCUGGUGCUUUUAUUCCUUGUGAAGCCACUGGGAACCCCCCUCCUACAAUACAGUGGACCAAGAUACCAUCAGGUGAGCUUGAUAAACCUCUCUAGAGGCGCGGUGCGGGCGCCGGCCGCUGGGCCGUGCUGCCCAACGGGACGCUGGCCAUCGCCCGGGCGGGCCCGCAGGACGGCGGGCAGUACCUGUGCACGGCGGCCAACGCGCGGGGCGAGGCGCGGCUGCUGCUGACUCUGGCCGUGCGGGCGCGGCCGCCCCGCAUCGCCGGCGCCCGCGGCCGCCUGCUGACCGCGCACUCCGGGGCCGCCGUGGCGCUGCCCUGCCGGGCCCAGGGCAGCCCCCCGCCCCGCGUCUCCUGGCUGCUGCCCAACGGCACCGAGCUGCGGGACUCGUCCGCGGGCGGCGGCAGAGCGCUCGUGCGGCCCGACGGCACGCUGCUCGUCCGGGCGCUCACCGUGUACGACCGGGGCCUCUACACGUGCCGGGCCAGCAGCCCGGCGGGCAGCGACGCGCUGGCCGUGAGGCUGCAGGUGGUGGCGGCGCCGCCCAGCAUCCUGGAGGAGAGCCGGCAGAGCGUGGCGGCCGCGGCGGGGCAGAGCCUGAGCCUGCCCUGCACGGCGCGGGGGCAGCCGCAGCCCGGCGUGCACUGGGUGCUCCCCGGCGGCGCGCCGCUGCAGCCGCUGCAGCCGCUGCACGGCCGGCUGCGCCUGCUGCCCAACGGCACGCUGCACCUGGGCAGCGCCGCCCCCGCCGACAGCGGCACCUACGAGUGCAUCGCCACCAGCUCCACGGGCUCGGACAGGAGGGUGGUCAGCCUCGUGGUGCAGCGCAGGGAGACGCCUCCGAAAAUAGCCAUCGCCUCUCGGGAGCUGACUCGGCUGGACUUUGGCGAGAGGCUGCUUCUGAACUGUACAGCAGGUGGGGAGCCCGCUCCCAGGAUAAUCUGGAGGUUGCCCUCCAAGGCUGUUGUGGACCAGUGGCACAGAAUGGGAAGUCGGAUCCAUGUCUACCCCAAUGGAUCCUUGGCUGUUGAAGCAGUUACAGAAAAGGAUGCAGGUGAUUAUCUGUGCGUCGCAAGAAACAGAAUUGGGGAGGAUCUGAUACUGAUGAAAGUCAGCAUCACAAUGAAACCAGCCAAGAUUGACCACAAGCAGCAGUUCAAGAAACUGGUGCCCUACGGGAAGGAUUUCAGAGUGGACUGCAAGGCCUCAGGGUCGCCCACACCAGAAAUAUCCUGGGGCCUGCCGGACGGGACGGUGGUGAACAACGCGAUGCUGGCGGAUGACAGCGGGCACAGGGCUCGCAGGUACGUCCUCUUUGGCAAUGGGACUCUGUACCUCAACAAAGCUGGAGUGGCAGAAGAAGGAGACUACACGUGCUAUGCCCAAAACAUGCUGGGGAGGGAUGAGAUGAAGAUCCACAUCACGGUCAUUGUGGCAGCCCCUCAAAUAAAGCACAAUUACAAGACACACAUUACAGUGGCAGCUGGAGACGCAGCCCUGCUGGACUGUGAGGCUUCUGGAGAACCCAGGGCACAGAUAUUCUGGCUGCUGCCCUCCAGUGAGAUGAUCUCCUCGUCCACAGACAGGCACUCCCUGCAUGCCAACGGCUCGCUCUCCAUCAGCCAGGCCAGCCUGCUGGACUCUGGGGAGUACCUGUGUGUGGCCCAGAACCCUGGCGGGGACGACACCAAGCUGUAUAAGCUGGAUGUGGCUGCUAAACCCCCCAUCAUAAAUGGGUUAUACCGGAACAAAACGAUCAUGAAGGUGACGGCAGUGAGGCACUCCAAGAAGCACAUCGACUGCCGGGCAGAAGGGACACCUCCUCCUCAGAUUAUGUGGAUCAUGCCUGAUAACAUCUUCCUAACAGCCCCGUAUUACGGGAGCAGGAUUGUGGUGCACAAAAAUGGGACACUUGAGAUUCGGAACAUCAGGCCCUCAGACACGGCAGAUUUUAUCUGUGUAGCACGUAACGAUGCAGGAGAGACUGUGCUGGUGGUGCAGCUGGAAGUCACAGAAAUGCUACGGAGACCAAUGUUCAAAAACCCUUUCAAUGAAAAAAUAAUAGCAAAACCUGGAAAAACUACCACGCUGAACUGUUCUGUGGAUGGAAACCCUCCCCCGGACAUAAGCUGGAUGCUGCCCAAUGGCACGUGGUUUUCCAGCAGCAUCAGCACAUCCCAGUUUUUCACAGGAGGCGACGGGACCCUGACCAUCUACAGUCCCGAGAGACAGCACGCCGGGCGCUACCGCUGCGCUGCCCGCAACCAGGUGGGCUACAUAGAAAAGCUGAUGGUCCUGGAGGUUGCCCAGAAGCCCAAUAUCCUCAGCCGCCCUGCAGGGCUGGUGACGGGAGUCAGCGGGGAGCCCCUGUCGCUUCACUGCCUGGCCGAGGGCAGCCCCAAGCCCAGGCUGGCGUGGGCGCUGCCCGGGGGCCGCGUGCUGGACCGGCCGCAGGUCAGCGGGAGGCACCUGCUGCUGGAGAACGGCACCUUGGUCAUCCGGGCAGCCUCGGCCCACGACGCCGGGAAUUACGUGUGCAGGGCCCACAACGAUGCUGGAGACGCCUCCCUCAGCGUUGCUGUCACGGUCGCAGCCUAUGCCCCACGGAUCGUGGGCAGGCCCCCCCCAGCCAUCCGCACCGUGCCAGGGGCAGCAGUGCAGCUCCACUGCGUCGUGCUGGGCAUCCCCAAACCAGAAAUCACCUGGGAGCUGCCUGACCGCUCCGUGCUCUCGACAGCUCAGCAGGGCCGGGGCUCUGGGGGCGAGCUGCUCCACCCCACGGGGACUCUGCUCCUCCAGAACCCCCGACCCUCCAGCUCUGGCACGUACAAGUGUACAGCGAGGAACCCCCUUGGCACCGACUCCGCAGCCACCUACGUGCGCGUCAUCUGA